AUGAAAUACCCUUAUUUCUUUCUCCUUAUAUCUUUUGUUUGUGUUGUUAGGGGUAUAAAAAUAUAUUCAUUACCGCCUAAUACACAUGUUAAAGCUACUCAAGAAUAUAAUUCUACUACAUUGUAUAUUAUCAAUACACAAGAACUUCUUCCUAAUUCUAUGUAUGAAAUAACAUUGCAACUAUUAGGAAACACACAAAUACCAUUUUUUAUUUCAUUGUUUGAAUUAAAUUCAAGUCAAACUGUAUAUAAUGAAACUACACUUCGUUUUAUUACUGACAAAAAUAGUUGUGUUAUUUAUGGGGAAAAAGAAGAAUGUCAGUCAGUUAAUUGUUAUGUGAAAAUUUUUAUUCCAAAUAACAACCUUUCUGAAAUUAAUUAUUUUGUUUUUUUAAAACGUGGAAAAUGGGGAUUACUUGGUAAUACUCCUACAAUAAUAUUUUUAGGAAUUCUUUGUAUUAUAAUUGCAGCUGUUAUUACUUAUUGGAUUGUUUUAGGAAUUGAAAAAAAUCAAUUAAAACAUAAACUAUUUUGA